GCUUUUCGCGAGUCUCGAGCGCGAGUCGAUGUUGUGCAUACUAUACUGCGGGUACACGUGCAUUCCGAUACUACGUACGUGAGUGCUGUAAAUACGUUGGACAGCUGCUGAAUUGACCAAAGGAAAGUAGAUUUUCUAAACUUAGAUCAGACGUAGAGGAAGCCAAGUACCACCAGGUCGCGCUCUAAGUACCGGCAUACAGUUUUAGACAUGUCUAAGGCAGUAAGAGAUGAAGACAUAGAUGGGACUGUUGAUGAGAACUCGAGUGAUGGUCCUUGGUAUUCAGAUCCCAUAUAUGAGCGUUACUGGAAUCACUACAAGAAAAUGAAAACCUGGAUGCAGGAUCAGAAGCCUGUACAGGACUCUUUGAUGAAUGUAUGGAUGGCAUCCUUCCAGCAGUACUUGCAUCAUUAUCAAUGGUGGAUGUACCAGAACUCGAUGAUGAGUAGAACCUUCCCUCAACAUCAUUUGCAUCACUCAUUUACUCCAUCACCUUGGCACUCUUAUCCUUUAAGAACUCAUCAUCAUCGUCACCAUGAUAACUUCUUUCAUAGCCAUCAUCCAUACAAACCUCAUCCAGGAGCAACGAAAUACCGUGUCAACAAACAGUAUGUAACUGAUCAGAGUGACGUUGAUUAUAGCGGUUUCAGCGAGACGCCACAGGAUGACGACGAUGAAGGCCAGGUCUGCGCGGGAGGUGAGGAGGAAGAGUUUGAAGUAGAACUGAGCGAGGAGAUGCGGCAGUUCUUUCUUCAGUCCCAGAAGCAUCGGGAGGAACUGAAGGAGCUCAAACUGGCUCUGAACCAAAAGAAACCUGUAGAAAGGACUAAAGAUGUGGGUGGGACAAGGGAAAGUACAAAUGAAGACGAACCCUGUGAAGAUGAAUUUGAAAUAACUUUCACCAGUUCCAAGAAGAAUAAGAAGAAACAUAUAUUGGGUGCCCCUGUAGAACAGCCUGGUAGGAGAAGAGCAGAGGAGAUGAAGAUUUUGUAUGGGAAGGAUUCACCAGCCAUUCAUGGUAUGGAGACUGCUAUUCAGAUGCAGUUUGACAGGAACUGUGACAAAAAGCAGCCAGCUUUCUGGCCAACUGUACCCCUGAAGAUGUAGCCCUCAUGGAAACUGAAAAAUACUUGCAAGAUGAUAAAGCCUUACCCAGUCAAUCUUUCAUGGGUUUACCCUUAAUACUGUGAUAAUUUUGUGAACUUCAAAUAAAAUACAUGUCUUUAUGCCUACUGAUAAUUUGUCCUUACGGAGGCAGCCAUCCAUAUUCACAGGAUCUGUAAAAGCCUUUGCUGAAUCCAGUUUGUGUGACCAUGUCCAAAUCCAUUUCAUAUCACUUGACUGCAUAAUAUGUUAUGAUCAUUUUGCUUACCAGACAUACAGUAUUUCAUGAUUAGUGUGCACAGUCUCUUUUGGAUAUCAUUAUUAUGAAAAUAUUACUUUUUUGUGUAGUGAUCCCAAUGACAGGACCGGGCACUUGACCAUAGUCUGUGUACAGAGUGCACAGACAAUCUAACCUUCCAGCCAUCAGCGCCUUUUAAAGGUCAAGUCCACCCAGAAAAUUGUUGAUUUGAAUCGAUUGAGAAAAAUCAAACGAGCAUAAUGCUGAAAAUUUCAUCAAAAUCGGAUGUAAAAUAAGAAAGUUGUGACAUUUAAAGUUUUGCUUAUUUUUCACAAAACAGUUAUAUCCACAACUCAGUGAUAUACAAAUGAGAGAGUCCAUGAUUUCCCUCACUCACUACCAGUAUUUCUUUUGUUUUUUAUUGUUUGAAAUAUACAAUAUUUCAAUUUUUACAGAUAUGACAAGGAUCAACUUGACUUAACCAUAAACCUUUAAAAUAAUGGUAAUUCCACACGUUCAGGGAGGAAUAUUUUUUUUUUUUCACAUGACAAUGAGAAAAUUAGAAUUUUUCAUAUUUCAUACAAUGAAUACAAAAGAAAUAGUGAGUGGGUGACGUCAUCAGUCUGCUCAUUUGCAUACCGACCAGGAUGUGCAUUUAACUGUUUUGUGAAAUUAAGCGAAACUUUAAAUAGGUCAUAACUUCCUUACGUCCGAUUUUGAUUAGAUUUUCAGGGUAAUGCUUGUUGGAUUUUUUCCCUUUUAAAUCAGGUUUUUGUUGGGGUGGACUUGUCCUUUAAAAUUUAAUGGUAAAACUAGGGCAAGUAGAUGCCUUUCCUGAACAAUUUUCUUUGAUCAUGUUUAUCAUAUCUUACAUGAGUCCUUACAGAGACAGUUUCAUCAUUUUUAAAUCUAAAAGCCGGUAUACUAACUUUCCACCCAAUUGUAACCAUCAAUCUGUAGUCAUGAUAACACAGGUGGAAAUAAAUGCAUGUUUUGAACAUCUUCUAUUCAUAAUGCCAUGAUUAGAAAAAAAAAAUUGUAAAGAAAAUAUUGUUUAUGAUAUAUUCCACAUGCAGGGAAUAAUUUUGCUUCCAAAAUUUGAUUAGCAUUUUUUUUUUUGGGGGGGGGGGGGACAAUAAGUGAAAAAUUCAACUAAGUUCUAUACAGUCCUGUGUAAAACUCUGCUACACAAAAUACUUUGCGUGUAGCAGUCUUUAAGAAUGUGGAGCAAAUUGAGAGGUGAUACCAGGAAAAUUAUUCCCUGCACAUGUGUCUUUAUCGAGAUAGUCCUCUAUUUGUACAAGAUCUAUAAUAGGGUCAUUUUGCCUCCGAUGAAGAUUCUGCUAGGAUCGAAAGCUUAGGCCCCUUUUUGACUUUCUAAGAUCUAUAAUUGAUAAAUAAUGACAUUUUUCAAAUUUAAACAGCAAUUUGAAUCUUGAUUUAAAACACAGGACACAAACAUGAUCAGUAUAAGAGAUCACCUUACUCUUUGGCCUAUGCACAUAUUUGGUUUCAAAAUACUAUAACUCACAAUGGCAAUAGGGCUUCCAAACUUAGAAGAAAAGACCUUACAAUAUGGUGUUGCGAUAUAAGUACCUAACUUUUCUUUUCUUGGCAUACUUAGAUCAAUGAUUGGAUCCCACAGAGAAAUUAUCCCCAAACCAAAUUUGUCUGUAUUGUAUUUCUACUAUUGUAGUUCUAAUAAUAGAAACACAACACUGAAGAAAAGAUGGGGAUGUCAAAGAAAAGAACAAGAAAAAAAAUGGGAAAGACAGAAGAUAGUGUAGAAGAUAGAGAAUAACAAAUGUGAAAGGAGGUCUUCUAUUGCACUCUUUACAUGUACAGUAUAUUUGUAGUGCACUAAAAACUUGGUAUUUAACGUUUUAAGAAGAUACAUUCAAGUUGAAGUUAUAUUGAAAAAAAAUCUGAUUAGUGUGAAAUCAUCACAAUUUUUUGGUAAUUUUUACAUUUUUGUACAUGGUUUUGGAAAAAAGUGGGGGGGGGGCUGAAGCCCCCCAGCACACCCCCCCCCCCCCCCCCCCGCUUCCGCGGCCCCUGAUUAUAGUAAUAGCUACAUGAUAUUACCGCGGUCAUGAUCACUACAUACUUAGGACAUGCUUGACUUCCUUAGUGAAGCAAAAUACUUGUCAGCCUGUAAAAACAUAAAUUGCACAAGCAUGAAUUUUCAAUAUGCAUUUACCAUACGUAUUUGAAAAUGUCAAUUUUUAACUUGAAAUGUUAAGCACAAACUGUAUAUAUAUUUAUAUAUCAAUUUGAAAUGAAGCCUUGGUAUUUUCUCUUUUGUGGGGAGGGGCGGGGGUCUUAAUCAGCUUCCACGAUUAACGGUAGGAAUAGGACUUGGGGAGAGUUUCAUGAUAGCUAUGUCAUUGAUGAUGAAACCCUCGCAUCUGAUUGGCUGAGAGCAAGAUAGUAGGUGAAAAUCACUUGAUAAAGCUCUUCAUGAAAUGCUCCCUAGGUCUACAAAUACUACUGUAAUAUUGAAAUUGUAAUAGAGCUCACCAAUUUGAAA